GAGAGACGAAAAAUGGAGAUUUAUUAGAUUAGAUCCACCACCUUUUCAAAAAGAAAAAGUCGAGUCUAAUUCAUCCUUUAAUUCUGAAACCAUGAGUCAAGACGGGGAUCAACCUAUUAGGACUUUGAAAGACUAUUUGCACCCCACUAGAAUAGCUACACCAUCAUGCAUAAUGUUUCCUCCUAAUACACCACACUUUGAGUUCAAACCUGGAAUGAUUCAGCUUUUGCCUAGUUUCCAUGGUUUAGAGAAUGAAAAUCCAUAUGUGCAUGUUAGGGAGUUUGAGGAGGUAGUAGCUACUUUUCAUAGUCGAGCUGACACGAUAGACACAGUUAGGGAGCGUCAAUUCAUAGAGAUGAUGUGUAAUGGGGAAUUUUUGCAUAAGGACCCAGAAGAAGCCAUAGAUUAUUUAAAUGAGUUAGCUGAAAAAGCUCACACUUGGACAGGACCUAGUGCCACUGAAAUGAAAAAUAAUAGAGUCACCCACACAGUUGCAAGGGUAGAAGCUCAGGCUCCAUGUUUUGUUUGUGGGGGAUUGGAUCAUUUAGCUAAAGAUUGCCUAACCUAUGGUGAGAUGAGAGGGGUUUAUGAAGAACAAUGUAAUGCAUUAGGAAUGGGUAGGGAACCUUUUUCACCCUAUUCAGAGACAUACAAUCCUAGUUGGAGGAACCAUCCCAAUUUUAGUUUGAAGGCUAAUCAAAACCAUCCCACAUCAUCUAGCAAUACUUGGAAUAGUGAAACUCAAACACUCAAGUCUUACCCUACACCUCAAUACAAUGCACGACCAGAUAGAAAUCCUUUAGAGGAAACACUUAAGGCAUUUAUGGAGGCACAGACUAAGACUAACCAAAAGUUUGAUUCUAUUCUUACACAGGUGGUUGAAGAAAACAAGGAUAUCAAGAGUCAACUAACUAAGUUGACCAAUGCUCUUACUAUCCAAGAACGAGGUAAGAUUCCAUCUCAACCUCAAGCUAAUCCUAAAAUUUUACAUUUGGUGCAGGAAUCUACCUCUAAUUCGGAGAACAUUCAAGGGGUCAAUGCGAUCACUACUCGUACUGGUAAGGUUAUAGAGCCGUUGCAAAAAUCACCUAAAUUGAAGGAUGCUACUCCAAGUAGCCGUGAAGAACCUGAGAAGGAGGUCCCAAUUCGAGUUCCUUUCCCUCAAGCCCUUAAAUCUAGAAAGAUUUCAGACAACCAAGGUGGGAUUUUGGAAAAUUUGAAACAAGUUAAGAUUAAUCUACCUUUGUUUCAUGUGAUUAAACAGGUACCAACUUAUGCUAAAGUGAUCAAGGAUCUAUGCACCAUAAAAAGGAAACACCAUGUCAAGAAAACUGCAUUCUUGGCAGAACAGGUACGUGCGGUAAUUGAGCAAAAAACACCGCCAAAGUACAAAGAUCCAGGGUGCCCAAUAAUUGCUUGCCAAAUUGGGUCACAAGAGUUCGGUCAAGCUCUUUUGGAUUUAGGAGCAAGUGUGAAUUUAAUGCCUUAUUCAGUUUAUUUGCAACUAGGGACUAGCAUGUCAGCAUAUCCAAAGUUGGAGGAGUUCACUUUGCUUUUCCCAUUUCUUCAACAAUUGGAAAUGUCCGUGUCGAGAUCCACUGUUCAUCUUCAAAACCAAACUUCCCAUGUUUUCUGCCAUUCACCGUGCACUCAUGGUGCACCUACAUUUUUCCAGAUCUGCUCUGCUUGUCCAUCCGUUGCUGCUGCUAGGCCCGAAAUUCUAGGCAUUUUUCUGACCCGUGAGCUUCCCUGCAGCUUCGGUUUCUACAGCUGGAGAAUUAUGGUUCCCGAUCGUUCUGUCAAUUAGCACUGAGAUUGAGUGUUCGGUUUUGUGCGAGUGAGGAAAUGAAACCGAGGAUGGGGAAACCACGGGAAGUGACGAGUUAGAUGGCUAGCCAUUUCGAGAUUGAUAUAGAUUUUAGAAAUAAAUCAUGAUCUUGUAAACCAGAGUGUAUUUGGAGAUUCUAUGAUAUUAGAGUAAAUUUUAAGGAUUUUUAUCGACAGAUUUAGUGGUAUCAGAUGUGAAUUGGUUAAGCUCCGAGCCUUGUGCAUCUGUGGGACCCGUCUCACGAAUGCACGGCGUCUGCCACGUCCCCGGAUUUGGGUUCUGGGGCGUGACAAUAAGAUUCUAAUUGUGAG